AUGCAAGUUCAACCAAAAUAUUUUGAAAAAUCUCAAUAUAUUGAAACAUUAAAUGGUAAUAAAGUUAGUAAAUCAUCAAUAUUAUGUGGUAUUAUGAAUAUUAGAUUACAUGGUAAAACUAUAAUUAAACCUGGUGUUAUUGUUAGAGGUGAUUUAGCAUCAGUAAAUAUAGGUAGAUUAUCAAUAAUAUCAGAGAAUACAGUAAUUAGACCAUCAUCAAAGAAAUUUAAAGGUUCAUUAGUUUAUUUCCCUCAAAACAUUGGUGAUCAUGUUUUAGUUGGUGAAGGUUGUGUAAUUAGUGCAGCUUCAAUAGGUUCAAAUGUUUAUAUUGGUAAUAAUUGUAUAAUUUCAAAAAGAUGUAUAUUAAAAGAUUGUUGUAUUAUUGCAGAUAAUACAAUUUUACCACCAGAUACAGUUGUACCACCAUUUACAUAUUAUUCUGGUACACCUGGUGUUUAUAAAGAAGAUUUACCAGAUUGUAUAGAACAAUUUCAAAAAGAAUAUACUACUUCACUUUAUGAAUCAUUUUUACCAAAUACACCAGCAUCAAAAGGUUUACCUUCAACUCCUACUAAAUUACAAACUACGACAACAUAA